UAAUCAAAACUCUGGCAGAGGAACAUGCUCACCUUCUCAGACAAGACUCCUUAUUUAGUUUUGCUUCUUCUCUGUCUUAUCAUCGUUUUCGUGCAAGCAGAGGACGACGUUAAUGUGUUUGUAGCUGACGGACAUCUCAACACGCGCCGUCAGAUUUUGGCUUCCAACUGUAAUAACUGACGCAUUCCCGCUUCUCUCUUUUCCUUCAGCUUCAGCUUCUGCUUCAUAUUUCCAUGGCGGGCCCGACUCACCCCUCCGGCCACUCCACCGUCGACCCCACCAGCGGUCACUGCUCCGCCACCAAGACCUUCCACAGCCUCCGACCCCCAGCCCCUCUCCCUCCUCUCUCCCGGCCCCUCUCCGUCUCCCACUACGCCCUCUCUCUCCUCCCAUUCUCCUCCUCCUUCUCCUCCUCCACCUUCCUCGUCGACGCGUCUUCCGGCCACCGCCUCUCCUACACCGACUUCCUCCGCCACGUUCGGUCCCUCGCCCUCUCCCUCCAGUCCCGCCUCUCCCUCUCCAAGGGCGACGUCGCCUUCAUCCUCGCCCCUACCUCCUUGCAUGUCCCCGUCAUCUACUUCUCCCUCCUCUCCAUCGGCGUCGUCGUCUCCCCCGCCAAUCCUCUCGGCUCCCCCUCCGAGAUCGCCCACCAGGUCCACCUCUGCCGGCCCACCAUCGCCUUCUCCACCUCGCAGAUUGCUCCUAAGCUCCCUCCUGUUCCCCGCGGCACAAUCCUCAUCGACUCCGAGUUCGAGUCCAUGCUGACUCAGUACAGCUCGAGCGGCGACGGUCCUGUGGCGGAGACAAUGCCUCGGAACCGAGUCGAGCAGUCUGACACGGCAGCCAUCCUGUUCUCGUCGGGAACGACGGGCAGAGUCAAAGGAGUCCUGCUGACUCACCGCAAUCUGAUUGCGCUGAUCGCGGGGCUUUAUCACACGCGGCCCGAGCGAGACGAGUCGGAGCCACAUCCCGUGUCCCUCGUCCCGCUGCCUCUGUUCCACGUGUUCGGGUUCUUCGUGCUGGUCAAAGCGUUCGCGUUCGGGGAGACGUUGGUUCUGAUGGAGAAGUUCGAUUUCGUGGCCAUGUUAGGGGCGAUCGAGAAGUACCGAGUGACGCACAUGCCGGUUUCCCCGCCGCUGAUCGUGGCGUUCGUGAAGUCGCAGAUCGCGGGGAAGUACGAUCUGAGCUCCCUCCAGUCGGUCGGAUGCGGCGGUGCUCCGCUCGGGAAGGAGGUCGUCGGCCGGUUCAGAGAGAAGUUCCCCCAUGUGGAGAUAAACCAGGGAUAUGGUCUGACGGAGACUUGUGGAGUGGCAACUAGGACGCAGGGGCUUGAUGAGGCAAACCACCAUGGUUCUGUCGGUCGCAUAACUCAAAAUAUGGAAGCGAAGAUUGUUGAUCCUACCACUGGGGAUGCCCUGCCCCCCGGUCAGAGAGGAGAGCUAUGGUUGCGAGGCCCAACAAUCAUGAAAGGUUAUGUAGGGGAUGAGAAGGCGACUGCCGAAACAAUUAAUUCAGAUGGUUGGUUGAGGACUGGUGACCUUUGUUAUAUUGACUCUGUGGGGUUCUUGUUCAUUGUGGACAGACUGAAGGAGUUGAUUAAAUACAAGGCAUAUCAGGUUGCUCCUGCUGAAUUGGAACAUCUUCUUCACUCCAACCCUGAUGUUGUGGAUGCUGCUGUGAUUCCUUAUCCUGACGAAGAAGUGGGGCAGAUUCCCAUGGCUUUUGUGGUUAGAAAACCUGGAAGCAACAUUACUGAAUCUCAUAUUAUGGACUUCAUUUCUAAACAGGUUGCUCCAUACAAGAAGAUAAGGCGGGUAGCUUUCAUCAGUAGCAUCCCAAAAUCUCCAGCAGGGAAGAUCUUGAGGAGAGAACUUGUCAAUCUUGCCACCUCUGUCAGAUCAGCUAAACUCUAGACAGAAUGCUCAGAAGAGGAAAUUAGACUUCCUGGUGCAUGUUGUUUUAAGUUCUUUUUGACACUUUUUGGGGUAUCCAUCUUAUGUGGAAGACCACCGAGGCUCUACUAGCGAGUAGCUAAUCCAUUGUAGCUUGAUUCCUACAAAAGCUGUUCCUUGGAGUGAAAGAGGAAUAAACUGGCACAAAAUUUUGAGGGCCUCA